AUGGCUCUUCGUGUUGAGCAUUGCAAGAAAGCUAUGGAAUUUUUCAUAAAAUUUAGUGAGUUACAGAGCCGGAUUAACACGUUCAAAAGAGGAUUCAGGUAGUGGCAGCAAAGCGCACUUGACGUAUGCGGAACUUCCGAACCACGUGCUGGACUUCCAGCACACAGUCACCCCACAGGACCAGCGAGGCAAAGGCGUCGCCAAGGUUUUGGUCAAAGUAAGUUGAAACACGGCAUUUAUUCGAAAGCAAGCAACUUUGAGGAAGGCUUGAAGUACGCUAUCGAAAACAAGUACAGCGUCAAGCCCUCAUGCUCCUACGUUGCCAGCUACCUCGACAGCGAUCAGGCGACCCACGAAGAGAAAAACGUCGACUUUCGCCAAAAGAGUCAGCUUUAG